ACUAUGAAUUAUAAAGCCCCACCCUUUGGAGCAAUGAAAUAAAUAGAUCUAGAUCCCUGUUUGACCUUGCUUUCUCAGCAGAAAAAGUGAAGAAUAAUGUUGCGUUUGGUUUUUGUUCUGAUAAUUUCCAUCUCUAAUGCAGAAUACCAAGACAUGUGUGGUAGUGACAAGUAUGAUAGAGUUGGUGCUUUCCGACGCUGUAUUGAUGUAACUACUCCAUUCCCUCCUUUUGACAUAACAAAGCCAACGUGCACUCUUUCUACUGCACAACUGCAAGAGAUUGUUGCUAAUUCUCGCUAUCAGCAACAGUACGGUUUUGGUUGUGAUGACUUGAUAAGAUUUGCUGAUUAUCAACAAUUAAAUAAUGUCAAUUUGUUGGAGCUCUCAUCCAUCAGCCUCAAUAGCACACACUCAAAAAGUCUAGCUACUGCUGCAUUCCUUUGUCAUUUGAGUGCCACUCAGAGACUCUGUGACCAUUACAACUUGUGUUUCAGCUAUCGAGAAAAUGCAACCAAAGCAUAUGAAAGGAACGCUUGCAUAAUGGAUUUCUCCCGUUUGGUUUCUCAUGGGUCAGAUAGAGUAUUCAAUGAGAUAAUUUAUAAAUACUUAUUGAAGCCAUCUUUAGUAGAAUCAUACAGCCAAGCAGGACGCUUCAAUCUCGCCAUUACACAGGAUUAUUUGUACACGUGCACAUCACUUUUCCAUAGAAAUGACAUUGAGGAUUGUAUUAUACAGUUACUGAAUCAUUGCUUUUUAUUUGAAGAUGAGGCCCAUUACCUGUGUUAUAACGGAAUUCAAGAUAACUUCUGUAGUCAGUUUGGCGGUGAUAAUCAGCUAAGGUGCUACAUUCUUUUAGAAGUAAAAAGGGUACUCAGUCUCGAAAGCCAAUGUACAAUGGAAUACAAUGAAAAUGCAUGUGAGAAAAUACUGACUAGCAUUGUUGAUGAAAAGCCAAUUGGUGAUUUAAAUUCUACUGAUAUUGAUGAAGUAAAAGCCAUUGUUGCUGGUAGUUCUCGUCGAGCCAAUUAUACAAAUGAAACACUGACACAACUGAACAGGAUUGUUGAUUAUUUCACUUUGAAUGAGUCUGUUGUUUCACAAAACAUUGACAAGCAAGAUGCAAAUACAUUUCUGUCAGUUAUUAGUACUCUUGCCAGUAAAGAAGAAAGCUUAGCCUUACCAGAAAAUAAUGAAACCAAUUCUAGCACAGCACUGUUAAAUGAUUUGGCUGUGAUGUCUAAAUUGAUUGGCUCAGCAGUUUUAACCUCAAAUGAUCAAGUGGAAGGAAAUUUUGCAUACAGUGACAACAAUAUAGGCCUUUUCUUAACUGUUGGCUCAGUAGAGUAUUUAUCUGGGGCUUUAAAACUCAACAGCACUAAUUCUUCUGCUGAAAUUAAUAUCCCACCAGCUAGUGUUUGUGGAUUUGAUUAUGAAUUGAGUAAAAACGAUGGAAGCUAUGAAUAUGACGAGUAUCCUAAGAUAUGCCAAGGAAGACCAUCCUGCAAUAUAUCUCAAAAUGGUUUUACAUAUACCUGCUAUGACAUGUACACAAUAUUUGGCGAGUGUUCGAAAAGGAUUGCAAUUCCAAGGAGUUGUCCAUCAGUAGUAUCAACUUCAAUAGCAAAGCUUUCACUCCCUGGGACUCUUCCUCCAAACAUGACAAUAGCAAGUAAUGUAAUAAAUGUUCAAAUUGUCACAAGAAAUGAAGACAGCUCAGUCUCUAAUGUUCAUUCACUCAAAGAUAAUGCAUCACUGCAUUUUAAAUUAGCAGAACCUAUCAAAGAGAAUUUCAUUCCAAAAUGCCAUUUUUGGAAUACUACAGAAAAUGUUUGGUCUGAUGUUGGAAUUGAGACGCUAGUGUUAUCUGAUGUUGAUAUAUUAUGCAACACAAGCCACUUGACUAGUUUUGCUGUAUUAGUUGAUCACCAAGGAUUAAUUGAGUCUGCAUCAAGUUCAACUGCUCAUAAUGGUACAAGUAUUAUUCCCAGUACCGAAUUACAGGCACUAUCAAUUGUUGGAUACAUUGGCCCUAGCAUUUCUCUACUGUGUCUCAUUAUUGCACUUGUUAUAAUGAUCUAUUUAAGGAAAGAGAUGAACGUAAAUUUUCUGUAUCACGUUCAUUUAAACUUGUGCAUUUCACUUCUCUUGGGAUUAACAGUAUUUCUAUUUGGAUUGGAAACAGCUAUACACUAUGAUUGGCUGUGUUCAAUUGUUGCUGUUCUUCUUCAUUAUCUCUUCCUCUGUGUGUUUGCUUGGAUGCUUGCUGAAGGGAUCACGCUAUUCAUAACUGUGGUGCAUGUCUGGGGAAUGAAGCUCCUUAAAUGGCAGAUUUCCUUACUCACUGCAUGGGGAAUCCCAUUAUUCAUUGUGGCAGUAUCCUUUGGAAUUAGGCAUGACUUAUAUGGAACAGAUAACUAUUGUUGGCUCUCAUCUCAAAAGGGUCUUGUGUGGGCUUUCUUGGGACCAGCCCUUGCCAUUGCUGUGAUCAACACAAUAUUUUUAAUGGUCACCAUGAUACAGUUAGUGAGAGUGAUACGAAAUAAGUUUGACCAUAGGAAAAAUUCAAAGAACUUGAAAACUGUUAAGUCUGCUAUAUUUGGAGCAAUUGUAUUGUUCCCUUUACUUGGUAUUACUUGGAUUAUUGGAGUGUUUGCUGUCAGUCAAAAUACAACAGUUUUCCUGUGGCUUUUCACAAUUUGCAAUUCACUUCAGGGUGUCUUUAUUCUCAUAUUUCAUGUGCUCAGACACAAAACAGUUUUGACAUGGAUUGUAAGAAAAUAUCCAUGCAUGGAUAAAUGGAUUGAAGUGCAUACAAGUUCUGAAGUAAUUAGAAGGAUGUCUGCAAUGAAACUUUCAGUGGGUAAGCUUGCACCUCAAGACAUGCUUUCUGCCAAGUUUGGUCUCAGGCGAAAUUCUUCGUACAGUCUGAGUGAUUUAAUUGUGUCAACAAGUAAUGAAAACUGCAUUAACUCAGAGCUUGAUACUAUUGCAGAAGAGGGUGACGAUGAGGGGGUGGCUUAAUAAUAAAAUUCAUUUUUAUA